AUGAGUUCUAGAACUGCUAAGAAGCAUGCAAAUAAAAAAAUAACAACUAACUCAAAUAAAAGAGGCUGCAAAAAAAAAGAAAUUGUUGAUCUACCAGAUGACCAUUAUAAUCCUUUAGAUAGUGCUUUAAUUUCACAUAGUGAUAUUACAAGUGUUAAAAAAGGUUACAAAAAGCAGCAAGAGACAGUUGCUUCUACGUCUUUAAGUGUCUAUAAUGAUAAUAAAGCACAAAACAAAAAUAAAAAGAGGAUGCAAAAAGAAGCAAAAAAAAACUUUCAUGAUGCUCUUAGUGAUAAUGAUACUUUUAACAGUGAUGAUGAUAUUUCUAGUGAUGUUGAUGAAUUUGUAAAUCAUGAUCAUACUAUUACAUCUUCAAAUAGAACUUCGAAUUCAAGACCUUUAGAGUCAGGUGAUAAUAUGAUAAAUAUUCAGAUGAAUAAUACUCAUAAUAUGAUGAAUAACUCAAUCUUUCACUUUGAUACAAUCAAUGAAGUUGUUCCUUCACCCUUUAAUAAGAUGACAAUUUAUUAG